UGUUGCUCAUGUGUGUUUCUCCUGGGCCCUCCAUCUUUGUCAUAUAGUGUAAUUUGUUUUUAGUAAUGGGGCUUUUGUAAUGGGACACAUGUUUCGCUCAGGCUGCCCGCCACCUCCCAUCUAUUAGAACACUGAUAAGAAGGUAAAGUGAAGUGUAAUUUAUCAGAUUGUGUGUCAUUGUUGUUGACACAGUUUCAGACAGGAGGCUGAGUUAUAUGAUACUGACUCAAGUGUUCAACCCUCUCUGUAUGUGGCCACUCCUCUUCAGCAGGCAGCGCUUUCUUAGUGGGUGAGUCUCUCAUUCCUGUCCAGACUCUACUCAGGUCAGGGUUUUGUGCAUUUCUGUUGGUGCUUCUGGAAGUCUGGAAUUCUGACGGAACAUUUUCACUCUUUGGAUUUUCACGGUUUUAUAAAGUUUUCCAUCAAGAAAUGAUGAGCAUCGACACCAUCCACUGAAGAAGAGCAACAGGAAGUCCAUCUACCAUCUAUCAUGGAGGGCAACGGAGAGAUCAGUGACACUGACAGCGGCAUCAUCCUUCAUUCGGGCUCUGACAGCCCAACAACACAUACGAAGGAUGUGACCACACACACGCGGGCCAUGAAGCUCAAACACCAGGAUCUCAAAGACAGUCUGGAGAUCUGCAUACUGGAACUGAAGAAACUCUGCAUCCGAGAAGCAGAGCUGACAGGCCGGCUGUCAGAUGAUUACCCUCUACUGCCAGGAGAGAAGCCACCGCAGAUUCGCAGACGUAUUGGAGCUGCGUUUAAACUGGACGAACAAAGCAUCUCUCGCAGAGCACAGGAUUCACAACUGAGUCUAGUGGAUGCUGAGUUGGCACUUCAGAUGAAGAUAUUCGAGGCAGCGCGCAAGCUCUGCGAGGAGGAUCACCCGAGUAAGGCUGUUAGAAAGAGCCGUUUAUUGCAGUACAAGAGAGAGGAGAAGAAACUCAAACAGCUACAGGAGACGGCGUUUCAGGUGCGACUGGAGCACGGACGAUCAUCACCACUCCCUGCUUUUAAUAUUACACAACAAGAUCUGGGUAUAUCUGAUGACAGCUCUCUGUCUGAUUCUGUAGUGCAAGAUGAAGAAGUGACAAGCCAGUCAUCACAGCUGUCCUCAGGACUCCCCUGUCCAGGAGAGACCGAUCCUCCCCAGCGUCCCCCUGCGUCCUCACAGUGCUGCACAGACGCGUCUCCAUCUGUGGCUCCACAGUCGUUGCCGCUGACGCCUAGCCAGUCUCCUCUUCCUACGCUGAGUUUAACCUCAAGCCCUGCAUAUGACCUUCCUCCCAUCCAGCAUUCUCCAUGGAUGGAGUCGAGUCUCGACCAACCUUACCAGAGGAGCAAGAAGUCACGCUCCUCCAGCAAGACAAGCAGUCCAGCCAGAAGUGACUUGUUGCCACCGCUGGAGGCUUGCUUAGCACAGUCUGGUCUGCCUGUGCAACUUUCCCAUCUGAGGCUCAGCCGCACCCAGUCGAGCAGCACACCCUCCACACCAGAGAUGCGUGUGCACAGGCAGCUCUCCCUCAGGUUAUCCAACCCUGAAUCUCCACUUGAAAAGGAACGUGGUCGCACCAGAGGGCCAAGGAGGCGACUGACUGAAUACUCAAUAACUCUACCAGAGACCCCUCCCCCAGUGGUGAACUACGGAAGCCAUGCUGGCUCUGAGGAUAGUAACUCUGAACACUCGUUUGCAUCUUACAACAGCUCACCAUGUCAGGAGCUGCCCUGUGACUCACCCAAGCAAUACCAGCCUGCAUUCCCGCACUCUGGCCCAAUUGGCAGCUAUGGACCUCAAGCCUUCCCACGCAGUGGCUUUUACCAUAAUCCCAGGCACCAGUCCAGUCCAAGUUUUCCCAAAGCUUAUUAUAAUCAAGAAAUGCUCUACCCACCUGAUCUGGACUUGCCACGGAGCUAUUAUGCCCAGCAGGCUCCCUGUCCCUCCAGCAGAUAUGAAUAUUGGUAUAAAGACGUCGCUGUGCCCCACCAGAGAACACAAAGGCCUUCACCUCCAGAAAUCAGACUCUACCCCUCCCCGGCUCAAUGGGACCAUCCACACUCCCACACCACUGUUCUCCCACAACAAGUCGUGAAUGAACAACUCAAGUCAUGGCACCUGCGCAGUCAGCUCAAAGCCCCCAGAUCCCGUUCUCUUGACAGACAGGGGGCAGUCAGACUGAAAAAUGUGUCAGCUCGGGAGUCAACCUGCUACCAAAAUCAGAAGUACCACGAACAGGUUAUCCCAAGAAAGGCUCCUCAGAGAGCUGCAGAUGACACUCGAGGACACUGGGUUGUAGAUGAUGGCUCUCACUUUGUAAGUCAAGUGUAAACCAAGGCCAAGACCUGAAGUUGGACCACAAAAGUUAACUCGGAGGCUGCAGCUGCAAUAAUUCACAACUGACCAAAGUGAAGUGAUUGGAAAAUAGAUUUAUUAAAGUUCACGUCAUCCUGUUUACCUGUCUGUAUUUGGGCACACAGAGGGAGGAUGAAGAAAAACACCCUACAAUAUAAUUACAUAGAAAUAAUAGUAGCGAUAAUAAAGUACAACAGUAACACAAACUACAGGCUUCAAAGUUACUAUAAAGUUGUAUUGAACACCUCUCAGUUGGAUUGGAUUUGUAUUAGUACAGCUUUUAAGUGCUGUUUUUGUCCAUUCUCUAUAUGAUGUUUUGUACUAACAAUUUUAAAUGAAGCAUUGAAGUGAAUAUUUAAUGUUAUAAACAGAAAGGGGAUAAAUAAUCUCUGUUACUUAGCAUUGUUUCAACCUGUGACUGAUUGCAAUCAAGGUGUCUUGGGCUAACACCGUAAAUCUGCUGCCAGCUCAAAAGUGGUUCUUAAGUUGAUCAAAAAACAGAUAUUCUAAACAUCACAGAAUUUCUGUGUCAUUAAAUACAGGGUUAUUUUUGAUAUGAAGAGUAAUUAGAGAUGAAAUGGUAAUUGGCAGGAGAGUAUUGGCAGCUCUAAUGUGUACCAACAUUGCACAUUUUAGUUAGAUUUUGAGAAAUGUGAAUGUUUUUGAAAUAACUUUACUAAUAACUAUUUAACAGUUAGACAAUGGUUGAAUUUGCUCUCAGAUGAAUUAGGAUUUAUACAAGUCACAUGUCAACCUGUCAGGUAAACUACUUUAGGUACUUGAUCAUAUAGCGUAGUGCUGCACUAGAUGAAGCCACUAACUGUAGCCAGAAACACACUACUAAAUGAUACAAUUUAAUGUGAGGCUGUGGUCAAGGCGGAGGAGUUUCCUUUUUUUUUAGAUGGGGAAUAAAGUGCUCCUUUUCACCUAGCUGUGUGAACAAAAUAACUUGAUUGUAAAAUAAUGUAAAUGAGCAACACAUUGUUUUUAACCACAUUUUAUGUAUGAUAUUGUCUUUAUUGUGUCACCAUGUUGAUGAACUUGAGCUGCUUAGAUUUGAAAUUUGUCAGAUAUGUCCUGUUUUUAUACUUACGCAUGUCUGUGGCUGUGCUCGUUAACUUGAACAGACUCAAUCAGCUAGUUGAAACUAAAUAUUAACUCACGUGACAUAUAAAAUAGCAAAUUAAGACAAAAGAAAAGUCUUGAUGCUUGGCAGCUAUUAAUGUAUCAGAUGGAAAUUGAAAUGUCCUGAGCUUUAACAGAAACUUUUCACUGUCUGUGUUGGUGCACAAGCGUUUGAGACAGCAGAGAAACACUAAGCCUUUUGUUUGAACCAAUACUAUUUGACUCCUGUGAACUUUAUUUGAAACUUAUAUGUGAUUUACAAGCAAGUCUCCCACAAUCUCUUUAUAGCAGAUCAUUUGAGAAUGAAAGAAAAUAACUGCAAAUUCCACUACAGCUACGCACUGCUUGACCUCUCACAGUGAUCUAUUUUAGGUGUUGAUUUAUUGUGAUUUGCACCAUUGGACUCAUUGAAAGUCAGACUUGAAAUGAAAAAAGACUUGGACCUGAGUUUGCAAAAUCCCGCAACAGUAAAGACUGUCUAGCUGUGUGUGUGUGUAUACAUACAUACAUAC